CUCUGAUAUGGGAAUUUCAUGCUGAGUAUUCCUGGGCCAACCAAUCCCGGCAUAGUUUCGAUCCGAAUCGCGAGUGCAAACUCUAUCUCGGGCCAAUUUGAUUUUUCAUCCAUAGGACGUCAGUCUCCGACGAGACCACAUUGCGGGUGGUAGUUAUGGGGAGAUGCAUAACGAAGGAUCUCCACCCUUUUGGUCUCCCAUCAGGAACAUUGGUCACGAUGGCGGAGCCGAGCGUGGACGUUUCAGGAGGAGCUGCUAUCCAUACGGCUGCUGUGUUACACCACACCACAGGGCGCAUGGUCUGGAACUGCCGAGCUGCGUUCGUUCUCAAGGGGAAGGGAUCUAUAAAGGAGGUGGGGACUUUAGACCUCAAGGCUUCCCACUACUCCUAUUCAAAUACAUGGCAAAAAGAGGCAGUUGAGUUGAUGGAAGAUGCGUACAAGGAGGUUAUGGCAGAGAAAUGGCCGAUCGGGGAUGUUGUAAUCUUCUAGCGGCUUAAACGAGAAACUAAGGGAGGGGAGAAACUCGCUGGCAACAAGCCAAGCAGUAGCCGGGACGCAACAAUUUUUUCUAGCCAAUUCUCAAAGCGGGAUGGGGGCUGGCUCGUGUUUGAAGAUGCCUAGGUACCAGCUG